AUGGCGUCUACAGUGCCCACCAGCAGCAGCCAUAACGACUUCUUUGGCCUACCAUCGGCAUGGUCGCAGUGUUUGAACCCGAUAGAGAACGGCAUCCCUGGUCGCUUCGAAGGCGAGGUGGCCAACCUCGCUGUCUUUGGCGAAAUACCCAAAGAGAUUGACGGUACCUUUUAUCGCAUCAUGGUCGAUCCUGUCUUUCCUCCUCCUCCGGGAAAUCCACCUGUAGAGGGUGAUGGCAAUAUUUGUGCCUUCCGCGUCCACGAUGGCUCCGUUGACAUGAAGAUUAAAUAUGUCGAGACUGAACGCCUAAAGCUUGAGCGAAAAGCGAAUAAGAGGCUCUUUGGCCUAUACCGGAGUCCAUUCUCUCAUCAUCCGUGCGUCCGCGCAGCUAUAGACUCAACGGCAAACACCAAUCUCGUUUUCUGGGCUGGGAAGCUUCUAGCUUUGAAGGAAGGAGCCCAGCCGUACGCGGUGGAUCCGGAUACCCUCGACACCAUCGAGUACGACCCAUUCCAGUGUCCUGGCCAGACCUUCUCUGCUCACCCAAAGUUUGACCCCUUUACCGAGGAGCUCGUCUGCUUCGGCUAUGAAGCCAAAGGUCUCGCAACUAACGAUGUCGUUAUUUACUCCCUGGAUAAAAUGGGCAAUAAGCACCAUGAGCAGUGGAUCAAAGCACCCUGGUGUGCUCCUAUCCAUGACUGUGCUAUCACCCAGAACUUUAUCGUCCUGGUUCUUUGGCCUUUCGAGGCUGAGCUAGAACGUAUCAAGGCGGGUGGUCAGCACUGGCAGUAUAGUUAUGAUCGUCCUGCUACAUUCAUUGUUGUGCCAAGAAGACCAGAUAGGCUGCCAUCCGGCUGGAAGAUGGGCGAAUCCCGGUUGUAUCACUGGGAAAAUGCCGUCGCGAUGCACACAGCAUCGGCUUGGGAAGACGCCGAUGGAAAGCUGUAUUUCGAGGGCUCCCGUGUCUUUUACAACAUUUUUCGCGUGUUCGACCCCCCAGGCGACCACCAUGGCUCGAAGAAUAUGAAGGCAGAUUAUGUCCGUUGGAAGAUCGAUCUUAGUCAACCAAGUGGAACCCUCGUGGCAGAUCCUGAAAUCAUCCUGGAUCUUCCAGCCGAACUAGCGCGAGUGGACGAAAGAUUUCUAACUCGCCCUUAUGACCUUAUUUUCUCCCCUGUGCUGCUUCCCAACAAGCCAAGUACCUUACCGCCAAUCGUGCCUAUUUGUCUUAACGGAUAUGUCAUGCUCGAAAAGCAGAGUGGUAGGCGAACAUUCUUCGACCCUGGGUAUAAUAGCACUACUGAAGAGCCAAUCUUUAUUCCGCGGUCGGAGAGUGCUCCAGAGGGCGAUGGAUGGAUAAUGGGAAUGGUGCAGAGGAUGGACGAAAACAGAAGCGACUUAAUGGUGAUUGAUACCAAGGACUUCAGUAAGCCGGUCGCUAUCAUACAGCUUCCGUUUCGGACUAAGAACCAGGUUCAUGGUAACUGGGUCGAGGCAAAAACGCAGUCGGAAGGUUACAAGGCUUUGGUGGGGAGAAAAUAG